AUGGAAGAGCUGAAAAUGUCUGGAUCGGUAGCGUCCUAUGACCAACUGGUGAGGCAGGUGGAGGCGCUGAAAAAGGAGAAUACGCAUCUCCGCAGGGAACUGGAGGACAACUCUAAUCAUCUCUCCAAACUGGAAAAUGAAACUUCAGAUAUGAAGGAAGUGCUGAAACAUUUGCAGGGCAAACUGGAGCAGGAAGCCAAAGUCAUGGUCUCUUCAGGGCAGAUGGAGGUUCUGGACCAGCUCAAAGCUCUACAGAUGGACAUUACCAGCCUGUACAACCUGAAAUUCCAGCCUCCAGCCCUGGUCUCCGAUCCCAUGUGCCCAGGACACAGCACUGAGGACAGCCCUGCCCACUCAUCCACGCUGCAAAGGAAAGAGAGCCUGGGAGACCUGAGCCGGGCCACCCUGCGGCUCCUGGAGGAGCUGGACCGGGAGAGGUGCUUUCUGCUGACCGAGAUUGAAAAGGAGGAAAAAGAGAAAUUGUGGUAUUACACACAGCUGCAGAGCCUCUCCAAGCGCCUGGAUGAACUCCCUCAAGUAGAGACGUUCUCUAUGCAGAUGGACCUGAUCCGCCAACAGCUGGAAUUUGAAGCCCAGCACAUCCGCACGCUGAUGGAGGAGCGUUUUGGUACAACUGAUGAGAUGGUGCAAAGAGCACAGAUUCGAGCAUCUCGGCUGGAACAGAUUGACAAAGAGCUAAUGGAAGCCCAAGAUAAAGUGCAGCAGGCUCAGCCCCAGCUCUGUGGGAAGUUGCCUGGUGUGGAAGGGGACGGGAGCCUCAAUGUCCCAACCCAUCCCGAAGAAGGGGGGGCUCACCUACGUAGCAAUAAGGUGGAAGUGGUCUUCUGGCUCCUCUCCAUGUUGGCCACCCGGGACAAAGAGGAAAUGUCGCGCACCCUCCUGGCCAUGUCAAGCUCCCAGGAGAGCUGCUUGGCCAUGCGGAAGUCAGGCUGCCUCCCACUGCUCAUCCAGCUCCUCCAUGAAACAGACUGGGAGCCAGGGGCACCGGAGAGCCCCAGUGGCCAAGAAGGAGCUGGGAAGGACUGUCGCAUGCGGGCCAACGCUGCCCUGCACAACAUCGUUUUCUCCCAGCCUGAUGAGGGGCAGGCCAAGAAGGAGAUGCGGGUGCUGCAUGUCUUGGAACAAAUCCGGUCCUACACGGAGACCUGUUGGGAUUGGCUCAAAAUGCACAACAAGGACGGGGCAAAGACCCCUGAGGGAGGCGCAGGUCCUGUCCCCAUUGAGCCACAGAUUUGCCAAGCUACCUGUGCCAUUAUGAAGCUCUCAUUCGAUGAGGAGUACCGCCGUGCCAUGAACGAGCUGGGUGGGCUACAGGCCAUCGCAGAGCUACUGCAGGUGGAUUAUGAGAUGCACAAGCUGACCAGCGACCCACUCAACCUAGCCCUCAGGCGCUACACUGGCAUGGUGCUGACCAAUCUCACCUUCGGAGACGUGGUCAACAAGGCAACCUUGUGCUCCCGCAGAAGAUGCAUGCAAGCUAUUGUUGCACAGCUAGCAUCCAACAGCGAAGAGUUACACCAGGUGGUCUCCAGCAUUCUGCGCAACCUUUCCUGGCGAGCUGACAUGAACAGCAAGAAGGUCUUGAGAGAAGUGGGCAGUGUGACAGCCCUUGUACAGUGUGCCUUACAAGCCAGCAAGGAAUCCACCCUGAAGAGCGUGCUGAGCGCCCUGUGGAACCUGUCGGCUCACAGCACCGAGAACAAAGCUGCCAUCUGCACGGUGGAGGGUGCCCUUGGAUUCCUUGUGAGCAUACUCACCUACAAGUGCCAGAGUAACUCACUAGCCAUCAUUGAGAGUGGAGGGGGAAUCCUGCGGAAUGUCUCCAGCCUCAUUGCCACCAGGGAAGAUUAUCGGCAAGUCCUCCGGGAACACAGCUGCCUUCAGACGCUGCUCCAGCACCUCAAAUCCCACAGCCUGACCAUUGUCAGCAACGCCUGUGGCACCCUCUGGAACCUCUCGGCCCGCAGCUCCAAAGAUCAGGAGCUGCUGUGGGACCUGGGGGCAGUCAGCAUGCUCCGGAACCUCGUCCACUCCAAGCACAAGAUGAUUGCCAUGGGUAGUGCUGCCGCCCUCAGGAACCUCCUUGCCAAUCGGCCCCUCAAGUACAAAGAUGCCAUGGUGAUCUCGCCGGGGUCAUGCAUGCCCUCACUCUACAUGAGGAAACAGAAAGCUCUGGAGGCCGAGCUGGAUGCCAAACACUUGGCCGAGACCUUUGACACCAUGGAGAAGCAGUCCUUGAAAGGCCAAAGUGGCAAGAAGCCAAUGAGGCACAUAGACAGCUUGGUGAAGGACUACGCUUCCGACUCAGGGUGUUUUGACGAUGACGAGGUGCCCAAUGUGUCCAGUGGCACAGAGACAGGGAACGCCUCUGUUCUCUCCAUGUUCCUCAACUCCACCUUCCUCCAAGGCCAGGCUUUGCCCAGAGCCAUUGCCCAAAGGAGAUGUUCAGAACCAGAGAAAGAUGAAAGCAGCAAGCCCUUGGAGACCAGCAAGGUUCCUCCUGUGCUUCUGCCUCCAGACAAUGAAGUCUCUAUGGUGGCGGCGAAGUUGGCGAACAAGAUCUCCACUACUGUAGCCAAGAUAGACAAGCUUGUAGAGGACAUCUCCACUCUCCAUACUUCUUCUGAUGACAGCUUCAGCCUCAGCUCUGAAGACCACUGCCUCGACUGGCAAUAUGGCCCUGAUGAAGUCCAUGAGGCCCAAGCUCAGUCUUGCUCCCCGUGCCGCCUGUCAGACACUAGCAGGUUUGACAAGCGGGAAGGACUUAGCCGGGCUCACACCCUCCUGAGGCUGAAGACAGCCUACACCAGCUUGUCCAAUGACAGCCUCAACAGCAGCAGCACCAGUGAUGGGUACUGCACAAAGGAACAUAUGAAACCAUGCACCAGGACAACUUUCGUGGAUUUCAAAGAUGAGCUGCACCGAUAUCAGAAGCGUCCCAGUCGCCUCGACCUGAAGAACAUUUUGAUCAACAGGCCUGAGAAGAUGGAACUUCCAGAGAGAAAACGGCAAGAUACCAGUGAAGUGGCGGAGAAACUAGAGCCUCUUGAGAAGGCCAAGAAAGCGGACAUCCCUGAAGCUGCGGAGAAGGAAUCAGACUAUAAGAAGGAUCCAAGCAACAACCUGGUUUCUGACCCACAGGUCUACACGAUUAAGCUCUCCCCAUCCUAUCAGCAUGUUCCCUUUGCGGACAAUGUAGAUGGUACUGAUCCGGCAUCUGGAACUGUGGGAUUGCCAGGAGCCCAUCCUUGCUACCCAACUGUGUCAGUACAGAAGCAAGACUGGUUGCCUCCUGGGCUUCUGCAGACCCCAGAAAACCUAAACAAGAUCCCAGAAAAGUUGUCAGCGCUGGCACCCGCUGAACACGAACAACUGCAGAAGUACUCGGUAGAGGAUACACCGAUAUGCUUCUCCAGGUGCAGCUCUCUCUCUUCCCUUUCCUUGGCUGACAAUAUGCUGGAUGGACAGAGCCACAGUGAGAAUGAGAUGGACAGCGACUCUUCACUUGAGAUCAUUGAGGUGGAAGAGGUUGUUGAAGCAGAGGAAGCCCCUAAGGAACAGCAAGAGAAGACAAAAACAGAGACAGAGGCCAGCCCACACAUCUCUCAACCCAUUGCCAUUCCCUUCCCCAAAAGGGAGAAAAUAUUCCUUCAGGGAGUCUCGCCAGCCCGGCAUGAAGACCUAACCCCAUCCAGCUCCUCUGAGAACUACAUCCAAGAGACCCCGUUGGUGAUGAGCCGAUGUAGUUCUGUCAGUUCGUUGGGCAGUUUUGAGAGCCCGUCCAUCGCCAGCUCUAUCCAGAGUGAGCCAUGCAGUGAGAUGAUCAGUGGCACCAUCAGUCCUAGCGAAUUGCCCGACAGUCCUGGUCAAACCAUGCCUCCCAGUCGCAGCAAAACUCCCCUGUUUGAAUUGACUGGCCAAUCAGAGAAAGAGACCAGUCAGUUCAAUAUCCAGUGGGAAAAUAAUGUCAAGAAAUUCAUGGAGAUCACCGACUUCAAGGAGCGUUUCCAGAUGCCCCAAGACCUUGACUCCAUGGUCUACUUCACUGUGGAGAAACCCAAUGAGAACUUCUCUUGUGCCUCCAGCUUGAGUGCCCUGCCUCUCCAUGAACACUAUGUCCAGAAGGAUGUUGAGCUGAAACUUAUCCCCCCGUUCCCCGAGAGAAAUGGCUUGAACUUUGUGAUGCAUGAGGAAGAAAGGGCCAACGAGAGCCAGAGGAAGCCAGAACGGCUGGAGCUGACCUCUGAUGAAGAUAUUGAAAUCCUGAAGGAGUGCAUCAGUUCAGCCUUGCCAUCUCGUUUCCGGAAGGUCCGGACAUCCCUUGUCUCUGGCUUCCCAGGCCAGGUUUUGAAUCCUCAGUCUAAGAAACCAAUGCAUUUGCCAGUCUACAUGUUGGUCCCUGCCAAUUCCCAGUUAGGCAUCCCUAAGCACCGACGGGCUGUGCCUGCCAGAACCAACAAGGAGUACAUUGGUGACGAGGAUUCUUUCACUGACUCGGCAGAAGGAACCCCUGUCAACUUCUCCAGCGCUGCUUCCCUGAGUGACGAGACCCUCCAGUACCCAAUAAAAGAGGAGGAAGACCCGAAGCGUUGCUCUGGGAAAAAGAGGGAGGUGGUAUGGCCGCAAGGAGCUGGACGCAAGAUAGAUGGGCUGCAGCAUGAGCAAGGAAUCUUGCGCACCAGAAGGAUCACUUCCAGCCACUCAACUCCAACCAGGAUGGUUUCCUCCUAUAAGCACAAAACUGGGUCUAACCACACUAGCCCACUUCGUGCAGGCAGAGCCCAAUCUGCUGAGUCCAAGAGAGCACAGCUCCCUCUCAGAAAUCUAGAGCUAACCUUGAUGAGGCAAGGCAGCGUGGGGGCCUGUUCUGAGGGCAGCCGUUUUCAGAAGGAGGCUCCUCAAGAGCACAGCAGCCGCAGCAAUGACAAGAUCUUCCAGUCCCUGUGUCACACCACCCCGACAGAGGAGGCUGUCUAUUGCUUCUAUGAGAAUGAUUCUGAUGACCUGACAGAGUUAGGCAUGAAAAGUUCGCCCAGUAGGAAGGCGUGUGGAGCUGGCAAAGGCCAACGGAAGGAAUGCUGGACCAAGAAGGAGCCCGGCCUCAGUCCCAAACAUGCCAAAACCAAAACGGCAGCCAAGCUCCACAGUAACCUCAUUGCAGAUGAAACUCCACCAUGCUAUUCUCUCAGCUCUUCGUUGAGUUCCCUGAGUGACCUGGAACUCUGUGACCACGAAGAAAGGACUCAACUGUACAGCAGGGCCAACCGCCAGCUGCCCUUGAGCCGUAGACAUGAGAUGGCCUCGGCCUUCUCCAAGCGGAGGGACAGCUCAGCCAGUUCCCUCAGCUACAAAUCUGAUGAUGACCUGCUGCUGAAGUGCUGCAUUGGUUCAGCCAUGCCAAAGAGGAGACGCCACUUGGCAAGGAGAAGAAACGCUGAGAAGGAAUGGAAGGCACCUGGCAUCAAGGAGCGGAAGGCUAAAGACACCCCAGAGGAAGUGGCCUCCGAAAGGGGGUCAGAUCUGGACAGUGUCGAGUGGAAAGCCAUUCAGGAAGGAGCCAACUCCAUUGUGACGUGGCUGCACCAGGCUGCCUCUUCUUUGACCAGGGAGCCUUCCUCAGAAUCUGACUCCAUCCUUUCCUUUAUGUCUGGCCUCUCCAUUGGCUCCACUUUGCAAAUGUCUCUGGACAGGAAGGAAAAGAAGCAAAGUAAAAAGGUCACUGGGGGUCAUGUGGAGAAGAAAGAGCCGCCAAAGGCCUUCCAGGAGGGCAAGAAGGUGAUGGAAACCAGAGCGGCUGGCAGCAGGAACAGCAGAGUGGAGAAGAACCCAGGGCAGCAGAAGCCAGUGACCAAUUUGCCAGUGGUUUUCCGAGGCAGAACAGUGAUCUACAUGCCUAACACGGCGAAAGAUUCACAGAGCCCCAGGUCCACCCCAAGGAAAACAGGAUCACCCACUAAGCAGGAGGCCCCUGCAAAGAACUUCAGCUUGAAUCAGCAGAGAUCGCGAAGCCUCCACCGGCCUGGGAAGAUAUCAGAAAUAGCAGACCUUAUGUUGCCCAAGAGAAGCGCCACCCCACCAGCUCGGAUUACCAAAGCUCCUUCCUCUGGGUCAUCCAGAACAUCCACACCAUCCCAGCCCACUCAGAAGAAGCUAACGUCUCCUUCGCAGCUCAACAAGCAGAUUUCAUCUCGUGAGGUUGGGAAGGCAGUGGGAAGCUCCAUGCCUGGCCCCAACUCCAAACCGGUUCAGAAGUCGCCUGUAUCUAAGCAACACAAGACCCAGAAAUCUCCUGUCCGCAUCCCCUUCAUGCAGAAGCCCAACAAGAUUCUGCCCGCAAGGAGUGCCAUGUCUGUGCUGGAGGAGCAAGUGGGGAGAGAGGGUGGCCAUGAGCCAAAGCCAAAGGGCAGUGGGAAAGGGGCCCUUCAGUCCAGCCGCCUCAGCCUGGUACGCAUGUCCUCAGCAAGAUCUGUCAGCACCGAGUCGGACCGCGCAGGUUUCCUGAGGCAGCUGACUUUCAUCAAGGAAUCAUCCGGCCUCCUCAUGAGGCACCGUGCCGAGCUGUCUUCCUCCGAGCCCAAGCCCUCGCUCUCUCAGGGUGCCUCUCCCCGGAGAAGCAGGCUCGGCUUGCCAACAGUCUUUUUGUGCUCUUCCAGGUGUGAUGAGCUCAAGGUGAACAAGCCAGCAGGACCAAGCCAAAGGCCAGUCAUCUCCCGAGUGCCUCUCCCGAGCCACAGGGCUUCCUUGGGUGCCAGGCCUCCGAGACGAACCAGUUCAGAGAGUCCCUCCAGGCUUCCAGUGAAAACCAAUAACCUUCCACCGGAGCCCUUUAAGCGUUAUUCCUCAUCCCCUCAGAUCAACGUUAUCAAGAGGGCUGGCAGCCCUGGCUCCACCCCCUCUUCCUCCUGCCCCGAGUCAUUGGGUGGGAGGAUGAAGAAUGAGGAACUCUCAAGACCGCCCGUGAUUCCUCCUCUGGGGACUCCAGAGAAACGGUCAGAAGAGCAGCAGCCAUCAGUAAUGAAAGGGACUUGGAAGAGGAUCCGAGAUGAAGACAUCCCCCAUAUCCUGAAGAGCACCCUUCCCUCCACAGCCCUGCCACUGGUCAGCACCUUGGAGGAAGAAGAGACUCAGCAGGCCCAGGCAGCUCUCCAAAGAAAGACCAGUGAUGCUGUUGUGCAGACAGAAGACUUCUCCACUGCCAAGACCAAUUCCAGCACCUCCCCAACACUGGAGAUGCAGGAGAUGCCAAAGGCCUCCUCACUGGAGGGCAGUGAGGCAGAAGCCUUCAACCGGAGCAAGGCUACAGCGGGGCCCAUCCCUUUCACUCAUGAAGGGCCAGCCGGCUCUCUUGGGAACUUCCCACCCAGCAGGCAUGGCUCCCCAAGUCGAGCUGCCCGGGUGACCCCUUUCAACUACAUCCCAAGCCCCAUGGUGGGGUUGACAGUCAACGACAAACAGCUGGAGAAGAUGCAGGCUUAA